UCUGUGUGUGUCGUGCGGCAAAGCUGAGCGAAAGUUUUGCUCGGCUGCGCCAGGCUGCGCCGAUCUUGACGAGAGGGUAGGGGUAGACCGCCCCGUCGGCCGAGCUCGUCGCCGUCAGGCAGCACUCCCGCGUUCGCGAUGCCUCUCGGCAAGAGCUUCCGCAUCUACCACAAGGUGCGGCCGCCGAACCCUUACAGCGUCCUCCUCGAACAGCGUUCCAAGAACGAAACCCUCCUGUUCGAGUCCAGGGCCAUCGCUGUGCUGUCUCAACAAGAAACGGACGCGGUGAAAAAAGAAUACACUAUGCUUCUGGAUGUCCACGGCUGCCUAGGAGUGCUGCAACUUACAGCAGGUGAUACGGUGGUCCAGUUUCUAGUGCUGGUGUCCGGGUGUCAGUCGGUGGGCAAGCUGGGUGCCUCGGAGAUAUUCCGCAUCACAGACACCCUCUUUGUGGCCCUGCGCAACAGCGCCCAGGACCUGGAGAAGGUGCAAGACGUGCGCAAGGUGCUCAAUGCAGGCACUUUCUUCUUUGCGUGGACGCCGUCCACUGCGGAGCCAGCCCUCGACCUCACCCUGUGUGCCCAGCGCGCGGUCAUGACCAGCGAGACGGAUAACCGCUUCUUCUGGAACCGUACCCUGCACAUUCCUAUGCUUCGGUAUGGCGUCGACUGCAACAAGUGGCUGCUGAAGGCGGUCUGCGGGGGUGUCGAGAUGCGCACCAUCUACCUGGGUCACCAGCAGGCUAAGGCCUGCCUCAUCUCGCGGCUCAGCUGCGAGCGGGCCGGCACCCGCUUCAAUGUUCGCGGCACCAACGACGACGGCCAUGUCGCCAACUUCGUGGAGACUGAACAGGUGAUCUACCUGGAAAACCAGAUCACAUCAUACGUCCAGACGAGAGGCUCUGUGCCGCUCUUUUGGGAACAACCUGGUGUUCAGGUUGGUUCACACAGAGUCAAGAUGUCCAGAGGUAGUGAGGCGUCUGUGCCAGCAUUUGAAAGGCACAUGUCCAUGAUCAAGGAACGCUACGGCGACCAAGUCAUCAUAAACCUCCUUGGCUCGAAAGAAGGGGAAACAAUGCUUACACAAAUGUUUCAGCAUCACAUGAAGGCAUCCCGGCGCAAAGCGUCCAUGGUGUCAUUCGACUAUCAUGCACUGUGUCGGGGCGGCCGGCAAGACAAUCUGAUUCACCUGAAGAACCAGAUCUCGCCACACCUGACCAGUUUUGGCUGCUUUUACUUUGAUGGCAACGACGUCAUCAUGCGACAGACUGGAACAUUUCGCACAAACUGCCUCGACUGCCUUGACAGAACAAAUUGUGUACAGACUUUUAUUGGCCUUGAGGUUCUGGAAAGCCAGAUAGCCUGCCUAGGUCUUCAGGACAAGCAGCAGGUGGUGUCCAGGUUCGUGGAAGUCUUUCGCCAGAUGUGGGUCCAGAACGGCGACCAGGUCAGCAAGAUCUAUGCUGGCACGGGUGCCUUGGAAGGAAAAUCUAAGCUGAAGGACGGCUCCCGUUCAAUGGUGCGCACCAUACAGAACAACCUGCUGGACAGUAGCAAGCAAGAGGCCAUCGACGUGCUGGUGCUGGGCAGCGCUAUGUGCAGCGAGCUAGCCGACAGGGCGCGGGCCCUACUGCCCACUGCCAUGCUGCACCUACCCCCCAGUGUUUUGAGGGCCAUGUGCAGCCGGCAGCUGGAAUACACAAUUCCCCUCAAGGUCCGCGUAACAGUGGCCACGUGGAACGUCAAUGGCGGGAAGCACUUCAACAGUGUCGUCUUCCGCAACCACCCCAUGUCGGACUGGCUCGUCGACAAUAGCGCAGUUGGCGGCGGAUGCGCUCUCGUGGAUGUCAGCCACCAAGUUGACACCACGCUGGCCGACAUUUAUGCCAUCGGCUUUCAGGAAAUCGUUGACCUGAACGCACAGAACAUCGUUAAUGUGAGCUCUUCCAGCCAGAAGGAGUGGAUGGUAGAACUCCAGAAGACCAUCAGCCAGAAACAGAAAUACGUGCUGCUCACUUCGGCGCAGUUGGUCGGCGUCUGCCUGUUCAUUUUUGUACGGCCCGAGCACGCCGCCUACAUCAGGGAUGUGGCGGUGGACACGGUCAAGACAGGCCUGGGAGGAGCAACAGGAAACAAGGGCGGAGUGGCCAUUCGGUUGCUCUUCCACAGCACUUCAUUGUGCUUCGUGUGUGCCCACUUUGCUGCUGGACAGUCCAAAGUGUCAGAACGGAAUGCUGACUAUGCCGAGAUCACACGCAAGGUCUCCUUUCCCAUGGGGAGGACAUUGAAUUCCCACGACUACGUUUUCUGGUGCGGGGACUUCAACUAUCGUGUGGACUUGGAGAACGAAGAGGUUAAGGACCUGGUCAAGCAGGGAAACUGGGCGGAGCUACUCAAGCACGAUCAGCUCAGAGUGCAGCAGCAGCAGGGGCAGGUGUUCAAGAACUUCAUAGAAGGGGAGAUCAACUUUGCGCCCACCUACAAGUACGAUCUCUUCUCGGACGACUACGACACGAGCGAUAAGUGCCGGGUCCCAGCAUGGACGGAUCGAAUACUGUAUCGCAGGCGGCGGCUACUUUCGGAGACUGAGGACCCUUUCUGGAGCCCUGGACGCAUUGCGCAUUAUGGUAGAGCUGAACUCAAAACAUCUGAUCACAGGCCCGUGGUGGCCGACAUUGACAUCGAGGUUUCCCAGGUGGACGAAGCUGUACGAGAACAGAUCUUUCGAGAGGUCGUAGAGCUUAUGGGACCACCGGAUGGCACUGUUGUGGUCCACCUGGAAGAAGAGGGCGCUGCCUUCGAAGACACAUUCCUCGCAGCGCUUAUCCAAACGUUUGCUACGGUUGGCGAGGUUAUCCUGAUCAGGUAUGUGGCUGACAUGCUUUGGGUGACAUUCCUGGAAGGCCAAAGUGCGCUAGCAGCUACACACCUUUCAGGUACACAGGUGGAUGGGCAGCGCAUAGUGGUAUCCCUGAAGACCACCGAUUGGGCACAGGCAGUGGAGCACGAACUGAAAUUGUGCUGCAAUAACACGGUGCCCCUGGCGGAGCCCUCGAGCAGAGAUGCCGAGGAGGACGCAGCGCCGCUGGACGGGAAUGAUGCCGCACCCGAUGAAUGGUCAAACGACUACGAGUACCACUCGCAGUCUUCAUCGGGUAAGAGCAGCCCUUCGUUCUCCGGAGACGUGGCGUUUGCCCCCGAGGAGUCGGCCGUUCCGCCCGUGCCGGGCCGCUCGACACCAACCAUGAACCCACCGGGCAGGCCCCCGCCUCCGCAGCGACCGCCGCCUCCGCAGAGGCCAUUACCUCCUCAACGGCCACCUCCUCCACCCGAGCAGGAGGUCAAAGCAUCUGCUGUCCAGGAGCAGACAACUUCCGCUGCUCCCCCGAGGCGGGUUCCUCCACCAAGGCCUGUUCCACCACCUAUACGGCCUCCGCCACCUGCCACAGAGCCAUCGGCUUCCUCCGGUCCACCACCGGACACACCUCCUCCGCCACCUCCACCACCCAGAGUCGAUUCAUUCGAAAAGAGUCCCCCGGACACCGCGAAGAACGGCAUUGGAGGCGCGGACGAGGAAGAAGAACCGCCAUCGUCCCCCUGGCAGACACUUCCUCCAGCGCCUCCUCCUCCCACUCAAUCCUCUGCACCAGACGAACAAGGCAAUUCAGCAGCAUCCUGUACUUCCAUCAGCCCCGCCCCCAUUCUCACAGGGCCCGCCCUCUCACAUGCCUUCAGCCCCAUCCCCUCUUUGGCCCACCUUCCUCAGCUCCUCCCACUCUACCCCCGCAUUUGGCGCAUUCCAGUCAACAACCUCUCCCACCUGCUCCGGCACAAGCUCCGCCUCCAGUGCCGCAGGGCCCACCUCCUGCAUUCACCUGCUGCUACUGAAAGUGCGACUUCUGCACCUCACACGGCUCCGCCUGCAGGUCCACCCCCGAGUCUGCCACCAGCCCCACCAAUACCGUCGAGGCCAAAGGUCAUGGCACCUGUCAUCAUGCAGGCUGCCACCGACGGGAAGCCUCCGCCCAUUCCAGCAAGGUCAAAGGCUGGCCCUCCUGUGUUCAACAGGCCUAACAACUGAAACCUCUGACAGUAAUCACAUUCAUCGUGCUAAUGAUCUAGAUCUGCUCCUAGGAGAGGAGGCAGACCUAAAAUAACUUCGCAGAAAGCAUUCCAUUUGUGGGUGAUAGUCGUGAGAGAGCGCUGUUUAUGCUUACGCGGUGAAGACGAAAGGAGAGCAUGCGCAGACGACAAAGGACACCUAGAAGUACGUGAUAGUGCGAACGUCAAGUUGGCUGAUACUGCAGCGAUGCUGGAGCUAUCGUUUGAGUGGGAACGUACUGUAUUAAUUGAGAUUCAAUGGCACAGAGCAACAUGCUUAGUGCAAAUGACCUUGUCACGCUCCUCGAGUAAUGCAGAGCUUAUUACGAGCGUUACGAGAGUGGGGCUCAUCACCAGCCUUUCGAGACCAAACAUUUUUUCUCGUAAUUACUCCACUGGCACCUGCGGGCCAAUCUCCCACAGGGCUGUCAAUGUCGGCGACUCGGUGGUUCGUGCGCCAUGAUAUUUCGCCCUAAUUUACCACGUUAUGGACGCACAUUAUACACCCGCUUGUCAUUAACGCGAGUCGGAUUUUAAUUUCGUUGCCAUGGUACUCUUCCGUUCUUGCAGCGCACAUUCUCCGAAUGCAAUUACGCAUGGGCCAUCUGUAACUGCCGAUGAUGGUGACGCAUUUGCUGCGUGAACACGCUUCUCGGUCCUACCUUAGAUUUAUGUGUGUUGCCGCAUCUCUAGUCAUACCGACAUACUUCUUAUUUAACUAGGAACGGCCUGAGGACUUGCGUAUAUGGGAGUCUCCUCCACCGCAUAAAUGCCUAGGUGAUCCAUGGCGGGUGUACCUCUUUGUGUGAGAACUCGCCCUCUUCUCUUCUUUACAUUGAUAUUUAUAUUUUCUCGUCUAGUUACGCACAGUCACCCAUAAACUAAGUGUGAUGUUUUUAAUUUGUUGCCUAUAAUGUUCUCGCUGAUACUCUGUCACGAAGUAUGAAGUGUGCUAUCUGGCUGUGCUGCGUAACAGUAUAACUGCCCAGUGGGCUUUGUUGCACAAAAAAACAAAAAGCUCAAGCGUUUUUUUUGCAUAUUUUGCUAUUUGAUGCUCUUUGCUUGUUACUCUGGCUUUCUUUUUAAUGCUGAUGUUUUAGUGGAUGUGAGAAAUACUUAACCGUUCGUCACCUCUCAUUGAUAAGUGUUAGAAGGCAGUGCAUUUUCAUUUGCAUUAAAGGGACGACAAAGAGAAAAACAAUUCCUUGAGUAAUACUAGUGCAUCGCACUUUCACAAUAGCGAUGGAUCUGCUGUUGCUGCGGUAAGACACUUAGCAAACCGGAAAAUGCCCUGAAACAAAAUAGUGGUAGUGCCGUGACCUUGAGGCUCCCACACCAGCUUAACCACGAUAUCAAGGGUUUUGGUAACAACUGCUAGGGCGUUCAUAACUCUUUAGAAAAUCAAUGGCAUGACAUGCUGCGGGUUCCAGACGUUUUACAUUGGAAGUUUCACAAAGUAUUACUGGGCCAAUGUGGGCCAGUGAAGACCCCAACGAGCAGUGGGAGGUGCUGCACUAAUUCAGGCAUGAAACUCUGACUUCGAUUUUUUUUCUCUCAUAAUGAGCUGUGUCAUGUCAAAAUGAAGACCGUUGAUUUGUCAACUUCACUUUAACGUGAGGGGCUUUGACCAGCUCUUAACUCGCGGUGUAUCUGGGUGGGUGAUGAAAUAGUGGCUUGCCUUAAGUUGACUCUCUAGCUGCAUUUGUUUAGUGAAUUUGUCCUGUCGGCUUUUGCCGUCUGUUUCGUCAGCGAUGCAGCCAGUUAGCUUUGCCUUGUCUUUAGGCGGACGAAAAACAAUGGCACGCAUUGCCGUUCUUCGCUAUCAGCAUCUCUAGCGUGGGGUCUCUUGCAGUUAUCUACAAGGAAAUCGGCACUGCAAACGUUCAGCCAGCUUGGGAAGGACAGAAUGCGGUGGCUUCAGUCACGACACCACACAUCAGAUGCAAUGAAUAAGCAGAGUUGUGUCUGUUCUUGGCAGUUGCAUGGAAUCCACGUAUACCUGGUAAAAUUAUACGGGAGUCAUAUGGGCUUGUUGGAAUGGCAUAGGGAACAGGAGAAGAAAAUGCGUAUGAAACAGUGAGUAGAAUGAAUUGCUUAGCAUAAUCGUUCAUUCAUUGCUAAAGAGAGAAGUGCUAAAAGUUACAAUGAAAAAGAUGCUGAAAACAACAAUAGGGGCUUUUGGCUUGUACGUAUACUUUUUUCAUUUACCGUGUUACUGGAUACCAGAUAAAUCUGCUGCAUGCGCAGGUCUUUACUGAACAUUAAUCUUUACGUAACGUAAACUACCCACUGGGUAGCCUUUAUGUUUAUGGCCCUAUCUCGCAAUCCACCUUUGUCGUAGGUACUCGCAAUAUCCGCAUUGCUAAGACUCCAGCUGUUGAGUCAAAAUAAGCUGAAAUGUGAGCCUUAAUAGCCAUUACAUUGUUUCAGCUGGAUUAUCAAACAUAGAAUGGCCUCGAACACUGAAGCUGUAAUUAUGUGAGCCCCUCGACAGGCUGGAUAGGUGGCGCCAUCUAGCGGGGCCAAAAAUAAACCAGGCAAUCACAGAAUUAUCAAAGAAACAUUGUGCAUUGUGAUACAUACAGGUGCAGAAACUGCACUGCAGCGUUAUUGUGAAUCGGUUACCUUUUUAAUCAUUUUAACCUGAAAACAUUAUGCCUAAGCCAAAGUGUUCAUGACUGUAGUUGCACAAAGUGUCACAAGAUGUUGACACCAUCGUUGCAGGGACCUUGUAUUUCUUGACCCUUUUGCGCAUAUGUGGGUGUUGUGCACGAUAAAAAGAAGCCUCGUGACUUUUCAGCAGUGGUGAUUCAAUUCAAUCUAUAUUAAAUAUAGUUUAAAUUCAGUUUGCAUGAUCAUUUAUGGUUUGCAAAAACGUAAAGGUGUACAUUAGCGUAUGUACAUAUAUGUUUAUGUACGGGGAGCUAAAACCUCGGUAAGUGCAAACCGGUAUCCGUUAACAUGUCAACAUAAAGAAGUAUACGUACAAGCUAAAAGCUCCUGAUAUUGUGUUGUAGCUCAUUUUUAGUGCUUCCUUAUUUAGAAAUCAUUAGACAGUUAUUGCCUUGGCCAAGACCUGUCCCCUUGUUGAAACAUAGGUUCCAGUAACAUUCCUUAUUCAUUGUCUUUUCCUUGCACCAGGGGCCGGCAACCCGUGGCCCAUGGGCGGCAUGCUGUGCCCACGUGGCUGUUUUAUGCGGCCUUUUGACGUGGCAUCAAACCACUUCCUCAUUUUCUCUUGCCACAUUCUCUCUGAAAGCCAACAUGGCAGUUUUUUACCCAUAAUGGUAUUUUUGCUCAAAAUGAACAUGAUUCUUUAAUGCAGUUAUACAAAUUAGUGGCAUUUUGCAAAAUAUUUACACUUUCUCUGUAAAUGUUCGCCCCCCCCACUUUUUUGUGCUGCCCCCGGCUAUGUAGGCUUCAUGCAACUUGCCCCUUCACUUCAAAAGGUGGCUCACACCUGCCACAUACCAUCGAUUAAUAUUUCUAUGUAGCUGAGAAAAACACUUUUCACGCAGACCAUUGCUUAUGAAGUUCUUGGUACAAGUGUUAAGGUGCAUAGUGCUACAAUUUUCUCAGCGUAAGUUACUACAUCUGUACAUUUGAAGGUUGCAGGUUCAAUUCUGGUGGAGAGUUUAACCGACAGAAUAAGGUGGAAAUGAGACUAAUGCUAGAAGUUCUUUCAUUUUUUACAGUAAUGCAUGUCCUCCUAUAGUUGGCAAUCACUUCGUGCUGAAAUGGGGAGCCAGAGGGCUGUUGGUUGCGAUUUGUGGCAUGAUAGACCACACUCUUCUAUGGACAAAGCAAUCACAAUUGAUUGAUUGAUUGAUUGAAUUGAAAUAGCUUCAUGGUGAAUGAAGUAACUUUUAUUGCAGCAAUCACAAUGCCCUUUGAAUACAUCUUAAAUGAUUUACCUUGUGGCUACACUCUGGACAGAAACAGAGUAUUUGAGACGUUUUUCUCCCACGCAAUUAUCGCCGUUUAUCUUGCGUGCUUUCCUCGCGUUAUCGCUGCGUGCCCAGAACUGCCUGGUCACCGGUUAAAUGUGGGAUAGCACUUUCUAUAAGAAAGUAGCGAAAAAGGACAACACCGUCAGUUCGUAUGAUUGUUGUUGUGCUUCAGAAUGAUGCCCCAUAUACUCCCAUUUGCCUAAGAGUGUAUAUUCUUUUAAGUCGUUGGGGUGUUCGGUGUAGGCACUGCAUUUCCUUCUAGGUAACUGUAAGGAGCCCUACAGCCUCUAGUCUUUCGAAAGCAGGAAACACCCUGCCGUAUACGUAGUGAUCGUUGUUAAUAGCGUCCUCUGAUUGUUAGCUUGCAGCAGUCUGCAAAUACUCGAUGUUCUGCCACUUAUUUAAUGUGUCACAUAUGUGCGUCUCUGUCCUAUUUUCAGCAGGUAAUAAUAUAUAGAACGUGUAAUAUACUUCAGCCCCCAUGUGCACACCAUAUGUAUGCUAGUGUAAACGUAUAUGUAAAUUGUGUAUCUCAGGUGACGCUUGCCUCUACCAUAUUCAUGCGGGGUGUGGUGGUGUAAAAUAUCUAAUUUAUAUUACAAAAUUUUGGAGUCACAUACUUUUUUUUUCUUCAUGGCCGCUGGGCCACCAAAGGUUGCUGUUGCGGAAUAAAGUGUACUUUAUAUUUUA